ACAAUCAAUAGUAAUUGGGAGGACGGCCAGUGAUUGGCGGAGCUCUAGCUAUCUUUACUGGCAGCGGGAGCUGGUGUUGUGAGGUGGUUGGUGCUUGAGUCCACGGAAAGCGAAAUGGAGGGGUGUGUGUCUAACCUCAUGGUCUGCAACCUGGCCUACAGCGGGAAAUUAGAGGAGUUGAAGGAGCGCAUCCUGGCCGAUAAAUCCCAGGCUACCAGAACUGACCAGGAUAGCAGAACUGCAUUGCACUGGGCAUGCUCCGCUGGACAUACAGAAAUUGUUGAAUUCUUGCUGCAACUUGGAGUGCCAGUGAAUGAUAAAGAUGAUGCAGGUUGGUCUCCUCUUCAUAUUGCUGCUUCUGCUGGCUGGGAUGAAAUUGUAAAAGCCCUUCUGGGCAAAGGUGCACAAGUAAAUGCUGUCAAUCAAAAUGGCUGCACUCCACUCCAUUAUGCAGCUUCAAAAAACAGACAUGAGAUUGCUGUCAUGUUACUAGAAGGUGGGGCUAAUCCAGAUGCGAAGGACCAUUAUGAGGCUACAGGAAUGCACCGGGCAGCAGCCAAGGGUAACUUGAAGAUGAUUCAUAUCCUUCUGUACUACAAAGCAUCCACAAACAUCCAAGACACUGAGGGUAACACUCCUCUACACUUAGCCUGUGACGAGGAGAGAGUAGAAGAAGCAAAACUGCUGGUGUCCCAUGGAGCAAGUAUUUACAUUGAGAAUAAAGAAGAAAAGACACCCCUGCAAGUGGCUAAAGGUGGCCUGGGUUUAAUACUCAAGAGAAUGGUGGAAGACUAAACAGUUAGAGUUUGUUCUUUGUAUGUUUUGUUGUCCCCAUGUCCUGAAACUAAUGUACUCGUGCAUAAGACAUCGUGUAUAAAGGAUGACAUGUUCUUUAAUCUUCAAAAUGUUACAAACAUGUUUGUAUUGUUCCUGCAAUACUUGUUCUAAACUUCUAACUCCCUUUCCAGGCAUUGAGUAACUAGAGAGAUUGUUCUACAGUUAUCAUAUAGUUAAUUUUGAGUAAGUGAUCCUGUGGUUGUUGUGAGUCUAAAGCACCUCUGCCCUUCUGGAUCAGAACAAGCAAUGGUUGUUCUGUCACAUGGCUCUGGGUAGAUUCUGGAUUCCUUCAUACAGUUGAAACAAAGCCUACCUUAUAUUUCAAGCUCACUCAGAGGCCUACACUAAAUAUUUUUUUUUCAACUAUGAUGUUAAUUUAUUUCUGUUACAGGAAGAAAUUAUAUAUUUUAGUGGACCAAAUUUUAAGUUGGAGGGUAUACUCUUAAUAUAAUGAAGAACAAUAGCCUGUGUACCCAUGUACCUUUUUGGCUGAAAACAAGAUGUAUCAUUUUUGAAAAAGAAAUAUCAAAAGUGUCUAUGUUGAUUCACCUUGUAAUAAAGAGUGUCAGGCUUGUUAAAGUGAUA